AUGAAACUUGAAGCUACCGCCAGAGACAGAUUAGACGCCUACGGCUUUGAAGAGCAUGAAGGUCUCUACUAUCAAUUGUACCAAGACCAUAAGGACGACAGACAUCCUAAUGGUGAGCUUGUUUAUCCAUACGACUUUGUGUGUGUAGACGACAUCUUUUGGCAAACAGACCCAGACACAGAAGACAUGGCUUUUGACUAUUUGAAUACAAGUUUCGGUGCCAGACAAGACUGGAGUACUACCAUCCAAAAAGUCAACCAAUUGAAUGCCCAAGCUCCACUGAAUGUCGUCUACAAGUUGUUGUUCAUGGCCAGACACGGACAAGGGUUCCAUAAUGUCGCAUAUGCUCGUUACACUCAAGACUGGAAUUACUGGAAAGUCCGGUCCACUGAUGGCGACAUUACUUGGGGUCCUGAUGCUAAACUUACGCCAUUAGGUGAACAGCAAGCAGUAGCCAAUAAUGUCAGUUGGAAACAACAACUUGAAUCUGGAUGUCCGGUACCUACUCGGUUUUAUGUCUCACCUUGUAACCGUUCGUUAGCGACAUUAUUCGGUACAUGGAACGACAUUGAAAUCCCACAACCCAAGGUACUUGAGAACCUUAGAGAAACCAUGGGGUUACAUCCAUGUAACAAACGGUCGACGAAAUACGACAUUAGUUGUCAAUUUCCAACUGUUGUUUUCGAAGAUGGGUUCCCGGAACAAGAUGUAAGACACGAACUGUAUCCACCCGAGGAACGCGAGCUCUUACAUGAACAGUUUCUUAGAGUUAAUGGCGCACUUCAGCAGAUCUUCCUUGAUGCCCCUCAAGAUGAAAUAAUUUCUGUAACUUCGCAUGCUGGGACAAUUAGAGCAGCCGUGGUUGUUACAGGUCAUAGAAGGUUCACGAUACCCACUGGUGGGAUGAUACCAAUGGUAAUCAAAGCUACUAAACGAAAUAUUACGUAA